AUGUCUCAAUCAUGUUCGAUCGAGAAAUGCUCACGUACAUCACGUUGGUUGUGUGAUUGUUGUGAGCAAUAUCUUUGUUUACAACAUUUAAAUGAACAUAAUGUCUCACUCAUUUCUCAACUGAAUCCUUUAACCGAUGAAAUUAAUGCACUUGGAGAUCGUCUCGAAACAUUAAGUAUUCAUGAUGCAAUAGCGAAUUGUCGUCAAAAACUUGAGGAUUGGCGUGAAGACUGUCAUCAGAAGAUUGAUUGUUUAUUUGAACAAAAAUGUCAAGAACUUGAUCAACUUGUUAAUGAAAUAGUUGGACCACAUCGAGAAGAACUCAAUCAAAUAAAUUUGAAAAUAACUGAAUUCAUCGAUGCACAAGAAACAACGCGUCAAGAUAUCGAAUUAUUGAGAUCAACUAUUCGUCAACUUGAAAGAAAUAUGAACAACAUUGAAGAAGCAUGCUUUACGAUCAAUACUCGUCCAUUGGUAACAGAUGACACAUUGAUUUCUAUAGAGAAAGUGACUGAACAUGAACUUGAUCUAUCAACUCUUUCACCUGUCUACAAAACAAUUCAUCGUCCUCAGGGAAGUUUUCGACCGUUUACAUGCAAUGAUGAAUACUUAUUGAUACAUCAAGAGCCAAAUUUAUGUUUAUAUGAUCGAAAAAUGAACAUAGUGGAACAAACAUUAUGGCCGUGCGGUGCAAUUCAGGACAUGUGUUGGUCAUCAACAUUAGAGAAAUUCAUUGUACUUGGAAAAAAUAACAUCUUUCUUGUUGACGAACAUACAAUGUCAAUUGAUAAUGUAUAUACAAUUAAAGAACGACAGUGGCUAUCUUGUACAUGUUCUGACACAGUUCUUUUUGCAUGCACAAAUGGACGUGCUUCAUCUAUUAUGGAAUUUACAUUAUUUCCAGCAAUCGAGUUGAUUAGAGAAUGGAAACAUCCUCUGACAUGCAGCAAAGAUGAAUUUAUUGUUAGUACUGUUUACAAUAAUGGAAAUUUAGCUUUGAUGAUUGUAAAUGUGUUGAAUAAAUCACUACGUCUUGAAUUGAAAUAUGCAAAGACGUUCGAUUCCGUCUGGUUAUUUCAAUUUAAUAUUAAUUGGGUUCAAAAACUAGCAUUUCGAUGUUGUUCACUUCCUGGUAAUGAAUGGCUCGUUGUCGACUAUGAAUCUGGACGUCUAAUUCAGAUUUCAAGAGAUGGAAAAGUAAAGAAAACAAUUCAAUAUCAUCCGACUCCCUGUCGUGCUAUGCUGUUCGAUACAAAUAUACUAGCAAUAUCGACUACCGAUGAAAUAAAUCUGCAUACAAUACACUAA